GUCUUUCUUUAAACCGUGAAGAUACAGCCAUGAUGAGGUUUGUCGUCCUUGUUGCCCUUGUUGUUGGCGCUUAUGGAUGUGGUCUGCCCACCUUCCCCCCUGUGGUGACCAGGGUGGUCGGAGGACAGGAUGUCAGGCCUCACAGCUGGCCCUGGCAGAUCUCUCUGCAGUACAACAGGCAGGGCCAGUGGAGACACACCUGUGGAGGUACUCUGAUAUCUGACCAGUGGGUUGUGACUGCUGCCCACUGCAUCAGCAGUGGCAAGGAGUACAGGGUGGUCAUGGGAAAACACAACCUGACCGCGACCGAGGAAGGUGUUGUGUUUGCAAGCCCGGCCAACAUUAUUGUGCAUGAGAAGUGGAACCCAUUCUUCAUCCGUAAUGACAUUUCCCUGAUCAAGCUCGCAUCCCCUGUCACCUUUUCUGACACCGUCAUGGCUGCCUGCCUUCCUGCAGCUGGCUUCAUCCUUCCCAAUGCUGAGUCCUGCUUUGUCACUGGAUGGGGACGCCUCUCCACUGGAGGACCUAUUGCUGAAAUCCUGCAGCAAGCUCUGCUGCCCGUGGUGGACCACGCCACCUGCUCCAGGCUUGACUGGUGGGGGCCUCAGGUGAAGGACACAAUGGUCUGUGCCGGUGGAGACGGAGUGGUUUCUGGAUGCAACGGAGACUCCGGCGGUCCUCUUAACUGCCAGAACACGAAUGGUGUCUGGGAGGUCCACGGUAUCGUCAGCUUCGGCUCUGGGCUCAGUUGCAACUUCCCCAAGAAGCCCACCGUCUUCACCCAAGUCAGCUCCUACAUUGACUGGAUAAGCGCUAAAAUGGUCACCUAUUAGAGGCAUCGUCUCUUGAGAUAGAGGCUUCAAGUUGGAGGUACUUUCUAAGAAUAAAUCAAAUAAAAACACUGA